CUACACCCUAAAACAACUGUUUGACGCAGCAGCGCAAAACCGAAAGUAAAUGAAAGAAGCAGAACUUAAUGUUCGGUCUCGUUUCUUCCAGUGAAAGUUAACGUUCCCCCGAAGAGGAGCAGACAGGUCGCAGGAUGGUGGAUCUCAUGUUCAGCGUCGGGGUGCAUGAAUUCAUCUGGAGGCCUCAGUGUGGCGAGCUGUGCGGAGCAGUUUCUAAUGUUCCAUCAUGGACGAUCGUCUCUCCAUUGUCCUUCUGGGAAAAGCUGGAGUCGGCAAAAGUGCUUCAGCAAACACCAUUUUAGGACGAGCAGCGUUUGAAUCCAGAGCAUCAUUUGGAAGAGUCACUAAACACGUCUCAAUGGAAACAGGAACUGUGUUUGAGAAAUAUGUUACAGUCAUUGACACUCCAGAUAUUUCAGGAUCAGAGGAGCAGAUUAAACACUUCUGUCAGUAUUUCCUCCAGGAGUCCAUCCCUACUCUUUUCCUACUGGUUUUUAAAAUUGAUCGGUUCACUGAUGAAGACCAAAAGACUGUAGAGGCAACAACCAGAGUUCUUGGGCCUCAGAGGAUGAAAAACUGUUUCCUGCUCUUUACAGGUGGAGAUACUUUAAGGACGUCGUUAUCAAAUUACAUUUCAGACUAUAAAUCAAGCUUACUUCCAGAGGUAGUCAAAAGUUUUUCAUCAAGAACUCAUCUUUUCAACAAUGAAGAUGAGGGACGGAGACAGGUCAGGGAGCUACUGUUGAAGUCUGGACACAUCACAACAGGAACCGACCUGGAGACGCUUUUGGAGGAUCUGGGAUUGGAUCCGUUCUACAGGAAGAAGCUGUCACUCAGCAAGAUACUGGAGAUCAAUGAGAAAAUCAUCAAUGAAGAGCCUCUGAAGUGUAAAUCUGAUCUUUCAUGGUAUUUUCUUAAGAAACUGAUGAUGGUGAAUGUAACAGCUAGAAAGAUAAAAUGCACAUCAGCUUCUGAGUCAAACAGUGAUGAUUCAUUGAGUGAUGAUUUUGAUUUUAAUUAUCUAUUUGCAAGUCUUAAUGAUGAUGAAUCACUAAAUCCUCUUGAUAUAAUCACUGCUCUCUUCCUGUGUUCUGAUGGGUUUGUUCAUCAAGAGUUAGCUCUAAAAAUGUCCAUGUGUCAGUUCUCUGUUCCUCUGCUGCUUCCUAACUGUGAUACACAGCAGUGCACCCUCAUGCUGUGGGCCAUGAGAGACAUUGUUAAGAAGUACAGACCUUCAAAACUUUCAGAAUCAAGAGGCUUCAUAGAAGAAAGAAUAGUUCUUUCUGAACUUCCAAUGAUCUCAUUUGUGAGACUGGGUGAGUGCUCUCUGUCCAAAUCAGAGAUCCUCAAUAAACUUUUGAGUAACUCUGAGCAAUACCAUUACACCUUUGUUCACCACAACAUGGAGUGUGGAGACAGUCCAAGAAGAAUAUCCAAUGGACUGACUGAAAUGACCUGGUACCUUCCCUGUGGAAACAAAAACAUGGACAUCUUCAGUGAACCAGUUGCUAUAGCUAACCUUCGUGGAGACAUUGCUUCAUUUGAAACUCAAUUCUCCUUUUUGUGUCGGACAUCUGCUGCAGUUUUUGUUUUCUUUGACCAGCUGGACUCUGAGUGUGAACUGCUGAUGAACAAAAACCACAAAGCUCAAAUCUUCUUAGUGGGAAACCAGCAGAACAAGAACCUUACUCCAGAUAGUCUAAAGAAAGUAGCAACCAGGCUGAACUUGACAAAGAACAAUAUAAUUAUAAAAUCAAAACAGACAAAUGAUGCAGAUUUUGUCAAAUCUUUGAAGAAAGUUGUGAGCAGUGUACUUACCAACCCACAGUUGAAGAUGUCAGUAGAGCAGAUGGCUGAUGUUGCUCAUGAAUUAGGAAUCACAGUUGAUGAAGAUUCUCCAGAGUGCCAGGAUGGAAAGAAAAAUGCAGAUGCCAUCACUGCAGAGAUAGAAGAUACUUUUCAAUUCAAAGAAAAUCAGUUUCCUUUACAAGGUCAAAUAUGGAAGGAACUGACUUUUUUGGAAAAGGAAGAAUUUCGUCUCCGAAAAGUUGGUUCUGAAGACAUAGAGAGCUAUAAGAGCAACCUCAAAAAGAUUAAAGAAGAGCAACGUAAAAAACAAAACUCCUAUGCAAUGUCAAGUGUAAUGACUUGCUUCAUUAGUGCAAUAUCCAGCCCACAUAGAGAAAGGUGUUACUUUCUGAAAUGGAUGAGAAUGAACAUUGACAAUUUGUCUCGAUCAAAACUUUCUGGCCUCAGGGAGCUUUACAAGGAAAAAUGCAAAGAUUCUGAAAAUAAACAAGAAAUCAAAGAAAUCGACCAAAAACUUUCCAGCAGCUCACUGGGAGUUGAGCACUUCUUCCGUGAAAUGGGUCAGAUCUACGAAGCUUCUCUUUACCUUGAAGAAACAGAUCCAUCACGUCAACAACUGAAACAUCUGCCCAGACUCUGUGCUCAGUUGUUGUUGGAUGGAUUUCCUCUUGAGCUUGUAGAUGGAGAUGCUUCCAACAUUCCUCUCAGUUGGGUGAGUGAUGUUCUCUCUCAGCUCAAUGACUUGGUGUCUCCAAAGAACAAGAUCCUGGUCGUCACAGUUCUUGGAGUUCAGAGCACAGGGAAGUCCACUCUCCUUAACACCAUGUUUGGAGUUCAGUUUGCAGUCAGCAGUGGUCGAUGCACUAGAGGAGCCUUCAUGCUGCUCAUUAAAGUCAAUGAAGACUUCAAGAAAGUUCUCAACUGUGACUUCAUGAUGAUCAUCGACACUGAAGGCUUAAAGUCACCAGAGCUAGCACAGCUGGACAACAGCCAUGAACAUGACAAUGAGCUGGCAACACUUGUUGUUGGUCUGAGUGACAUCACCAUUAUCAAUAUUGCUAUGGAGAAUUCAACAGAGAUGAAAGACAUCCUGCAGAUAGUGGUGCAUGCUUUCCUCAGGAUGAAGGAGGUCGGCAAAAAGCCUCAAUGUCAGUUUGUUCACCAGAACGUUUCUGAUGUUUCAGCUCAUGAGAAGAACCUGAGAGACAGGAAGCUGCUGUUAGAACAGCUGAAUGAGAUGACCCAGGCAGCAGCUAAAAUGGAGAAAAGAGAAGAGAAGAACUUCACUGAUGUGAUGGAGUAUAAUCCAGACACUGGGAACUGCUACGUUCCUGGACUCUGGAAUGGAAACCCACCAAUGGCUCCAGUCAAUGCAGGAUACAGUGAGACUGUCUAUGAACUCAAGAAAAACAUCAUUCAACAGCUGGGAGAGUGUGAGUCAACUUCUAACAACAUCUUGGAGUUCAGUGAGUGGAUAACCAGCCUGUGGAACGCAGUAAAACAUGAAAACUUCAUCUUCAGCUUCAGAAACAGCCUGGUGGCUGAUGCUUACAUGAGGCUCUGCACAGAGUACAACCAAUGGGAGUGGGAGUUCAAAAAGGAAAUGUACAAAUGGGUCACCACAGCAGAAACAAGAAUUUCCAAUUUUGGUUCAUUUGCUGCAACGUCUGAAAUAUCUGACAUGAAUGAAUUCAUCACUGAGUUGGAAAGUGAAGCAAUAACAGAGCUGACCAAGUGGGAGACAAAGAUCCUUGAAAACCUGAAGAAAUACUUUGAUCAGUCAGAAGGUCAUGUUUAUCUGAUUGAAGGACACAGAGAGGAAUUCUCCAACAGCAUAAAGAGUCUUAGACGACAAACUGAAAGAUCAGUGUUGAACCAGAUCACAGCAGCAGCUGAUAUUAAGAAGGGAUUAAAAGAACUUGAUAAAAUCAGGGCCACUUAUAGAGAAGAAACUGAAAAAGCAGUUUGUGAUUUAAUUGAUGAAUGUCGCAAGAAAAAAGUUCAAAUGACAGACAGAGAGCUUGAUGAAAGUUUUGACAAGAUGUGGCCUGAAACACUGAGGACUUUUUCUUUCUCUGAACAGCAGAUUUCAAAUAUCAUCACCAAUGUGUCCCAUCAGUUGCGAUCAAAUCUUUCACACAAAGGAAGCCAUGCAUGUGAACUUCUGAAUAAAAAAAACCUCAAAGACUGUGGACUGGAGCUUUUUAUAUACAAACCUAAAGUUGCGAUGGAUAAAUAUAAAGAUACUGUUAAAAGAUUUUUUACCUGGACAGGUCUAAUAAAGACGAGACAAAAUAUCGCUGACAGAAUUAUUUCAGACUGUGAUUACUAUAUUAGUGAUAAAGUCAAGAGAAAAACUAAUUAUCGUGAUACUUACAUCGAGGAGAUCCUUCACAUCAUUGAUGAGAAGCUGAACAAAGCUGAUGUUAAUGACAUUGAGUUUGAAGUGUCUCUGAAACAACACAUCUGUGGAUCUGCAGCCAGAAAGUUUCAGAAAAUGCAUGAAGAAUUUAUCCAAGAAAAGGAUUCUUACAAAUCUAUGCAGAAAAACAAAGAAAGGUUUCGCACAGAUUUCAAAGAUGUCUUCCACAAACUAGAAUGCCAGAAGAAAGCUGAAGAAUUCACUAAUCAGUGUCUGAAACCUGCUGUGGAAAACUUCAUCUAUCGUUCUCUUGGUCCUGAUAUUGUUGAUAAAAUGAUGACAAAAGAGGAGUUCAGCACACGAAUGUCCUUCCAGUAUUCAAUUUUACUGGAUCUGAUUUCUAAAAGUGUCUUUGAAAGAUUUAAGAGUUACAAUCAGUCAUAUGAAGAUUAUGUUAAAUGGUGGAUAUCUGAGAGAAUUAGGGAGUAUUUCUCCUUUGAGUUUACAGUUUGUGAGUUAGAGGACAAACAUCUUAAGUGCUGCAUCAAACACAUAAAUGCUGCCAUUAAAAAGGCAAAAGCAGAAAAGACUGACAGUCUGAGAACAUUUGUUGUUAAGAUCUGCACAGAACUUGGUGAUAAACUGGUAAUUUCCCAGGAUGCUCUUGAUGCCUUCAUGGUUCUGAACAAUGCUGACCAGGAACAGUUUGCUCACUGGCUCAAUAUGUUUGUGGAGGAAAUGACAGAAUAUCUUAGAGAAAAGUUUAAAAACACACAGUUUGAAACAAAACUCUCACAGCUCCACAUAAAACCAGAGAAUGAGCUUUUCAACAAAGUGGUUGGUUGUGGCAAACAGUGUCCAUUCUGCAAAACACCCUGUGAUGCAGGUGGAGAAAACCACACUCAACACUUUGCUUCUCUGCAUCGACCACGGGGUUUAGGUCAGUUCAGUUGGGAAAACUCAAAAAGACUCACGACUAAUGUCUGCACUUCUCUUGUUAUCAGUGAUGGAUAUUUUCGCUGCAGAGACACAAGGAAUGAAUGGCAUCCUUACAAAAGAUAUAGGGAGAUUUACCCCAACUGGAAUAUUCCUCCAGAUGUGAGCCUUGAUGCGUCAGAUUAUUGGAAAUAUGUGAUGAACCAGUACAACAAGGAAUUUGCCGAAGAAUAUAAUGCAGAACCUGCUGACAUUCCUGAUGCUUGGAAGAGAAUCACAAAAGAAGAGGCAGUGAAAAGCCUCAAGAAAUUAUUCAACAUCAAGUGAAGUUAUAAUACUUUUAGUUGUUUGAACAUAACUGUUCUUUGCAUGUAGAGUUUUUUGAUCCUUUUUCCUUCUUUGUUUUUUUUUUUGUUUUUUUUUUUUACCUCAUUUACACAUGUAUUUAGUCUUGUAGUAAAGACAAAAUAAACUGCUUAGGCCUCUUUUGUUAUAGCUUCUUAUUUUUUUUAAUUGUCCAUUUAUAAUAGCAUUUAACAUUAUUGUUCUAUUUUUUAUGUUUUGUUUGCAAAUUAUUUUUUCUGAAAAUUUUUACACUCUUGUUUGAAAAAUUGUCAGAAUAUGCUGUGCUAUAUUAGAUGAAUAGAUGCUGAGUUGUAGGAUAAACAUAAUCGUUAGACAUUAAUGAUUCGCUGCUAUGAUGUUCACUGUCAUGAUCAUUCAGCACAGAGAUUGCUGCAUAGUUGUUUAUCAUAGCAACUAGAAAACUUUCACCAAAAAUACUAAACUGAACGUUGCUGCAGUUAUUUAUAAACUUAUAUUAAUUAGAAUGCAUUUAUGUGACUUAAAAUCAGGCUUUCUGAUGUUGUUGAACCUCCACUUCAUUAAGCUCUCAGACUUCUUUGUUCAUUGCUGUGGGUAUUGCUCAGCAUUCAUCCUCUAAUGGGGCAGAAAAAUCCAGCACAACUCAAAGUAUUCACAUAUCUCUUUUUUUCAUAUUCAAAUUCAAAAAUACUUUAUUACUCCCAAAUGAAAAUUAAAUGUUGUUGUAGCUCAUUAAUUUAGAUUCUUCAAAGAAUUAUUGAAAAUUAUGAUGCCUGUUGGAAGAAAAUAUCUCCUGUAGCAGUCUGUGCUGCACUAAAUCAGAAGAAGCCUCUGACUGAAGAUUCUCUGCCUUCCCUAGACAGUCUCAUGAAGAAGAUGGUCAGGGUUGUCCAUAAUUUUCUUGAUCCUAUGAAGAAUCCUCUGAGGAUUUGGAUUUUGUGUCUUUUAAGUUAAUUGACUCUCUUUGUUGUUACGUCUUCCCCUUUGUUGUUUCCAGCUGUCCCUCGUUUUUCUCGAUUACCCUCUGUGUAUUUAACCCUACUUGUGUCACCUGCCCCUUGUCGAAUCUUUGUCUUGUGUAUCCCAUGUAUCUACCUGUUUCUUUGUUCCCUGCUUAUCCAGGCUCCCUGGAUUUCAUGUACUUCAUCAUUAAAUCAUCAUUUCAUACUACAACUUGGGUCCACCGCGUCAUUCCUCAUCACCACAACUCCACAAUUCAUGACACCUUCUUUGCAAAAUUGUCUCCAGUACAGAACCAGCCUUCAUUAUCAGGCUUUUGAGCUCUUUAAGGUUUCUGGCUCUGAUGCUGCUAUAGACCUCUGUUGCAUCAAUUCAUUGUUAUGCUAAUCGCGGUAAAUGUCUUCUUAUGUUUUUGUAUUGAUAAAGUACACUGACUUUUAUAGCAGUUGAUCUCUGCUUUUUACUUAAAUAAAUGAAAUGAAAUGAAAUGAAAUUUAUUCGAACAUGAUACAAAUAUAAAAA